UCGCGUAGCGGUAGUGUCGUGCUGUAGUGUCGUGUAUCUCGUCGAGCACCGAUAACGCUUAUACCUUCCGCGAUUAGUGAGUUCAGUGAAAAAAAAAGAAGAAAUAGUCCGAAUGAUGUUAUCGAGGCAGUGAACGAUCGAAGUUUCAAACGGAGCAACGUUUCUCGCCGAACCGCGUGCUUCUUCGCCGGUGUCGGUCUCUCCUCUUUCGGAGCAUUUUCAAGGUUACGCUUUGGCUGCCAGCACGAACGAUCCGGGGGACCCUCGGCUGCCCAUUUUCUUCGACUCCGAACGGAGCUUCGUUACCUUGCCGUGAAACGCAACGGACCGAGUCCAGGAUUACAGUGUUCGGAGCCGUGUUUGGAAUGUUUACGUCCACAAAGGACCUAGCGACGGAAACAUAGUGAGCCUGCGGUGUGUACACAGUGAGAAAUUCUUUCGUUUGUAGUUGUGAUCGAAUGGCAACAUAUUCGGAGAGGGUGGGUUUAGCGUACGUUCGAUCGUGACACGUGCACAUUGGAUCGGUUCAGGGUAUCGGAGCUGGGACACGGAGUAGAUCUGGUGGCGCAGACGAGCGUCGGCGAUUUUCUCGAAAACGAAGAUCGUAUCUCUGGCUCGUAAUGAGCCAGAGCGUCGCACGUUGAAGAUCGAAACGUGACCGGUGGCGUACUUCCGGCAUCGUCGAUCCCGAAGAAGCCGAUCCCGAGGUGGCGGCCAUUUACGAAUAUUACACGUGACUCGGUGCUCGCGAAAGAUCCAGCGCAUUCUUUCGGAGAUGUCACGGCGGAGACAGAGCGCUUAGAGGGAAAAGGACAGAUCGAGACCGGAUCGUCAGGAGGAGGAGGAAUACACGUGAACGAGAAGAGGGCGAUAAAGCCCUCGGCGCGUUCACAAAACCGACUAACAAUGACGAUGGCUAGCAACAUAGUGGUCGAGUGGUUGCGCUCCCUUCAUCUGGGCCAGUAUUCCGAGUCUUUCAUCGACAAUGGCUACGACGACCUUGAGAUCUGCAAACAGAUCGGUGAUCCAGAUCUCGACGCGAUCGGUGUGUUCAAUCAGACCCACCGUGCACGGCUGCUGCAAUCGGUGAAGACGCUCAGGGAGGAGGGCGCUGCCAGCGUUUAUUUCACGCUCGAGGAGAGCAACGAUUGUCUCUGCGAUAAUAUUAGCUCGAAAUCCUCGAGGACAUCGUCGGAAAGGCCUCUCAGCGAUAAAGAAGCACAGAGAGCUUCGCCUACCGCAAGCUCCUCCAGCGGGGGACAGGAAUUAACCAAGUUCGCGGACGAAUACGAAGAGGGCAAAGCGGAGCUUGUCAGAAUACCGAAGAUGCAACUCAGAAUGCUGCUGCAGGAGAAACUUAGGCACGAUGGCAUCAGGCUAGCCUGUCAGCCUUAUACCACACCGGUGAGUCAUCUUGUUUCUUGCUCUAGCUCCAGUUAUUCCUUUCACUAA